ACUUGGGACUCUCACCCUUUUUCUUUGGCCAACUCAGUAACGCGUGCCUCCACGCUCUCCAACGGUCAGUCCAAAAACGGAAACGGCGUCAUUUUCUUCAUCGUUCUCAGAGUCUCCACUGGUUUUUGUUCUUUCUCACUCUACACUAAAUCUAAAACCCCUUUCUCUCUCUUCAAUCAAUCUCAGUGAAAAUUUUCUAGUCUCGACAUGUUUUUACGCUGAAAUAGAGGAAGAAAAAAAGAUCCAGAAUGUUCGAGAAAAGGAAGAAACAGAAGUGUUUUGUUAGUGAAGAAGAUAUAGCCAUUCUCUUACAAAGGUAUUCGGCAACAACAGUGCUGGCAAUGUUGCAAGAGGUGGAACAGGUAGCAGAUAAGAAAAUUGAUUGGAAUGCAAUGGUGAAGAAGUCUACUACUGGGAUUACCAAUGCAAGAGAAUAUCAAAUGUUAUGGAGGCAUUUGUCUUAUCGACAUGGCUUGGUUGAUAAAUUAGAUGAUGAGGCUCAACCUUUGGAUGAUGAAAGUGAUUUAGAAUAUGAGUUGGAAGCUUCCCCUGCUGUAAGCAGUGAAACCUCAGCAGAAGCUGCAGCAGGUGUGAAGAUGCUAAUUGCUUCUGGGGCUCCAAAUGAUGUCAAUAUGUUAAAUGGUUCAACCAUUGAGGCUCCAUUGACUAUAAAUAUACCAAAUGGCCAAACAUCUAGAACUGCUAUGGAUAAUUCAUUCCAAGGUACUUCUAUGCAUGGGACAAAUAUUAUAGUCCCAGUUGCAGUGCUAAAACAGCCACUGUCAACUGUGGUGGCUGCUGAGGGAUUGGAUACCCAUGGACCAGGUUGUACCAACUUGCCUCCUCGGCGAAAGCGUAAACCAUGGUCAGAAGCAGAAGACAUGGAACUUAUUGCUGCUGUCCAAAAAUGCGGCGAAGGAAACUGGGCAAACAUAUUGAAAGGGGAUUUUAAGGGAGACAGAACAGCUUCCCAGCUCUCUCAGCGAUGGGCCAUUAUUAGGAAGCGACAGGGGACCAUGAUCGGGACUGGCUCACAGCUUUCAGAGGCUCAGCUGGCAGCUCGUCACGCAAUGUCCUAUGCUCUUAAUAUGUCUAUUGGAGAUAAGUUGAAAGCAGCUUGUCCAGUUGGCACUGGCGUGGGGCCUAAUUCAGGUGGUGGACCUAGUAAUUCUUCUCAUCCUGUUACUGCCAACAUGGCAUCUGGUGGUGCACAGUCCCAGCAUCAACAAGACCCGUUAUCUUCAAAACCUCUGAUAGUCCCCCAAAAACCAGCACCAAAGCCUACUACGUGGCCAGAUUCAAUGGUCAAAGUUGCUGCUGUAGCUGCAGGGGCCCGCAUUGCUACCUCUUCAAAUUCUUCCUCACAGGUGAAGGUACCACAACCUAAAACUCCCCUCCAAAUACCUGGAAGAGGUCCUGCAGUCAAAUCAUCUGUCCUAGGUAGUACAAAUGGCUUGCCCAGUAAUGUGCACUUUAUUCGUACUGGUCUGGUGUCCCAUCCCUCUGCCCCAUCAAAGGUCAUGCAUUCCGCUGGCCCAUCAAAUGCCUCACGACCUGGAGCUCAGCAGGUGUUGAACCACUCUUUGAAACCCGCUUCACCCACUGUUCAACCUAAACCAAUUGGUAAUUCAUCCAGACGAAAUGCUUUAGCUGAACGCAAUGCCCCAACAUGUGCUCCAGUUGCUGAGCUUAAGGUAAAUGCUAAGCAAGAAGUUCUCCAGAAAACUCAACAAGAUCAAACUCCUCCAUCAGUCAACCCAUUGAUAAAGAAAGCCGGUGAAUUAAAAGAGCACAAAAAAGAGGAUCGAGAUCCUGUUCAUGCUAAUGCUCUGGGCGUUCAGGUUCAAGAAAAGUUGAUUAGUUUGCCAGGUCGGGAGAUAACCAACAAUGAUACUAGUGAUCCCAAUAAUGGAGGUGAUCAUCCCAAUAAGGAACCGGCUGAAAUUGAGAACGGGAAAAAUAAAAUGGAAUGACUACUAGGUUGGACCAACUUUGAAUGUAAAGUUAAAUUCAUGGUUGAUUGUUCUUAUCUACCCUUGGGUGGUUUUGUAAAAAUGUGUAGGUUUCUUGCAAUGCAUUGUCUAUAAUUAGGUGACAAAUUACAAUUCUUUGAUACUUCCUCGUCAAUUGUUGAAUAUUUCCAUGUGGUAUUAUUUUGUCUUGAGAUCUC